AUGGCAGUCAUUCGAGCAAGAUGGACCAAGAUUGUCGAGGCGGAGAUCCUACAGCGAUCCUCUCAAGUAGUCUCCGUCAUUGACAAACAGAUCUACAUCUUUGGCGGGGAGUUGCGGCCGCGUGAACCCAGAGACAAUAACAUCCACAUUGUUUCACUUGGAAAUGCCGCAACGCUAUCCACCAAGCCACCCGCCGACCAAUCCCCCUCACCACGAGUAGGAACCGCGUCAGCAACCCUCAAUGGCAAAAUCUACCUAUUCUCCGGACGAGGCGGCAUAGCAAUGUCACCAGUAGAAGAAAGCGGCGGAAUGUGGGAAUUCAACCCUAGCACCGACAAAUGGUCACUCCUAGCACCAUCCUCACCAACCCCAACAUCAAUCCCAGCAGCCCGUAGCUACCACUGCACAGCCAGCGACGGCAAAGACACCGUCUUCAUCCACGCAGGCUGUCCAGAGAAGGGCCGUCUAUCCGAUCUGUGGGCGUUCAGUGUAUCCCAGAAGAAAUGGACAGAGCUUGCUCCUGCGCCAGAUCCCCCGCGCGGUGGAACGUCUAUUGCGUUUGCCCAGGGCAGAUUGUAUCGGAUGAAUGGGUUUGAUGGGGAGCGGGAGCAGGGCGGUAGAGUAGAUGUUUAUGAGCCUGGAGCUAAUCUGUGGAGCUCGCACUCGUUUGUUUCAGAUGGUGUGAGUGGGCCAUCGCCGCGGAGUGUGGCGGCCUUAUUUCCUGUUGUUUUUUCUAGUCGUCUGUACUUGAUUACCCUGUUUGGUGAGCGGGAUCCCAGUUCAUUGGGACAUGAGGGUGCGGGAAAGAUGUUGGGUGAUGUGUGGUUGUUUGAUGUUGAGAGCAAGUUAUGGACAAAGGUUGAGGCUCAGGGAGAUGGGCGUCCUAAUCCACGAGGUUGGUUUGAUGGGGACGUCCUUGAUGCUGGUAGUAUUGUGGUUCAUGGGGGACUGGGAGAAUCAAAUAAUCGACUGGGUGACCUUUGGACUCUCGAGUUUUUCUAA